AUGGAGGGCUAUCAAAGAUACAAGGAACUGCUAAAAGGUGCCAUCGAUUACCACCAUACAAAAUACCAAAAUGACUCAGCAAAAAAAAAUUUCGCUGAAGAGUUAAAACAUAUAGGAGAUCAAUGGUUCAAAGUCAUGCUUGAUCUAUGUAAUCAAGUGUGGAAGACCGGUGGACAGAUUGCAGAUUGGAAGGGGUUACUACUGAUUCUAAUACACAGGAAACGAUCUACGUGCGAUAUAGGCGCGAGAACUAUCGUACGGUAG